AUGGAAGGUGGCAGGUGGAAGAUGAUCGGCUCCACUUCGGCCACGCCUUCCCCGCACGAUCAACAAUCCCGCGUUUUUCUUCCCCCCACAAAGCUUCGUCCUCCGUCAAACUUCCCUCGAAUCUUCGGUGAUAUUGUGGGCGCAGAGUUGACCAUGGCGCCCGGUCAAUGGCAAUGCAACGUCUGCCUGGCUCGUCUGAGUCGUCUAGAGCAUCUUCGACGGCAUCUCAGGUCCCAUGAUAAGAAGAGGCCGUUUGAGUGCUGCUUCUGCCGGAAGUUCUUUACUCGAAAGGAUGUGAUGAAACGUCAUGAACGAGGCUGCAAGUCCAAGGCGAAUUUCCCUGUCCAGCAGGACUGCACGGGAGACGAAACCAUACCGAUUGAAAGCACUGGCGACUUCGAUGAACUUCCUGUGCUCCCUUCAUCACUGGACUUUACCGCCCUCGACUGGUUGUACACCCCGCAUACUCCGAGCAGUAUUGAGGUUGCUGAGAGAUUAGAGUAUCUGGCGUACUUUACCAGUGCAAAGGGAAUGGCCACAUUCCUAGAUCGAAAAACACUCGAGCAGAGACAGAGUCUAGUGCUGAAUCAUGCAGUGCAUGCCUAUGCGCAGGCCUUCGGGGAAAAGAAAUGUCCUCCGGAGCCAUCCUAUCUGGAUCUGUUGCCCGACCUCGGGAGCUCGACCGACAAUUUCUUUAAAGCCAUCGAAUUUCCCCGAGCAGCUUCAGAGGAAUCCGAUCCUCUUCUUCCCAUAAACGAAGAAAUUGUGCAAAUCCUCCGUUCUGUCAUUUCCACGAAGCAGAAUACACACAUCAUCAAGAUAGAUUGGACACCAGCAGUUCAAGAGACAUGUUCCUCCUUUUUUGCUCCCCAAAACAUUCGUCGCUUUCUAGAGUACUUCUGGUCACUGUGGUAUCCCAGCUGUCCCAUAGUGCACAGACCGCUAUUUGACCUUGACACAGCGCAUCCCACUCUGAUUUGCGUGAUGGUCAUCAUCGGAGCGUGCCUGUCGCCGCGUGAUAACGAUGGUCGAAAUGCCAGGAUGUGGAUGGACAGUGUCGAGGAGCUUGUUUUUAGCAACGCCUAUCAUCGCGAGAACCCCGGAGACAGCAUGGAAUCCGCCAUCGGGGAGGACCCAACUAAUUGGACGAAAGAACGCUUAGAAUGUAUUCAGAUGACCUAUUUGGUUUGCUCGCUACAGAAAAGAGAAGGUUCCACGGAUGCACAAGCACGCAUUCGAAGGCACCGGCAUGCGAUGAUGGUCACGCUGGCAAGGAUGAUCGGGUUCGAAUCUGCCACUCACGGGGGUUUCAACACGAACCAUUCUUCUGAUGCGUGGUGGCGAGAAUUUAUUGCCCAAGAAGAGCUGAUCCGAGCCCUCACAUAUGUCUUCCUGUUUGAUGCAGCUCUCACCAUAUUCCACAAUUCUCCUCCGCGUAUGGUUGUCUCCGAGCUCAAGAUGGACCUCGCUUGCCCAGAAGCGUGUUUUCAGGCUGGAUCAGCCGAGGAAUGCUAUGCGCUCCUGACAGAAUGGGAGGGAUCCAUGUUCUGGAGCGAGAGACUUUCGGUAUCAGCUAUGCUUCGGAAGAUCUGCCAACGAGAUUUAGAUGACUGGCAGGUGCACGAGCUGGCUAGUAUGGGAACGUUGAAUCUAUUCACUACCGUGCAGUCGUUGCAUUCCCUCACUUUUCAUUUGCAAAAUUCGUUGGUCUUCGAGUCAUCGUUGCAACCAGUGCAAACUGGGUUGGAAAACUGGAGACGCAUCUGGAACAAGCGCCAGCCAGAAGACAAAGACGUACCGAACACCCCCGGGGAGAUAUGGAAGAAGAUUGGGUUUGUGCAUUACGCCCCGGAAUUUUGGCACCUGGCCCGCAUUAUCGUCUCCAGAAUUCGCUCGAAUACCGCAGUUGACGAGCAGUAUAUGGUUUCGAGUACCGAGACAGGCCUAUCAAGAUACGACCAUACCGAUAUGAGGGGAGUGAACGAACUGAUUAUGGAAUAUCAACGGUUUAAUUUAGGAGGUGCUAAAAUCGCAACUUGA